CCUCUCCAUAGGUGAACUAUUAAGGUUGGGGAACUGUGAUUGAUUGGGGGAAAGACUGUCUAUAGCCAGCUGUUAAGACGUGAUGGCAUACAGACCUUCUCACCCAAGUUCACCAACCCACUCGAUCGCUGACUAUUUUUUUGAUUAUCCAGAGCCUACAAACCCACCAGCAGACCCUUGUCCGGACUCCGAUCGACCCAACCGACCCACCAGAGGAUAUCCUUCGCCCACUAUCAGUAAAACGACCCCCGAGGGCACCAGAGCCGCUGUGCCCAGCUCAUUCAUGACAAACAAUCCCAAGCCUUCGUGGGCCGGCCCGCUGGGCUCGACCGACCCCUCCCGCUGGCACCUCCAACCGGUGCCUGAUGAAGAUCAGGCGGUGUGGACCUACGACUCCUCCCCAGAUAGAAACCUUGGCGCGCAGAGCUUCCAAAGUAAAUACUGGCUCUCCAGACAUUCGAAAUCUCCCGCCCUACCCGACCCCGAAGGAGACCCACUCCAGGCUGCUAAAAAUGGUUUUGAGUUCUACAAGAAGUUGCAGAUGCCCGAUGGACAUUGGAGCGGCGAGUUUAGUGGGCCACUCUUCCUGACUCCUGGAAUGGUGAUCGCCUGCUAUAUCACCAAAACCCCACUGGCCGAGGAGGUCAAAAUCGAGCUAGCCCGCCGAUUCGCCAAUGACCAACGGCAGGGACAGAACGUCCGUGACCGAGGUUGGGGUCUUCAUACCGCCGGCAAGUCGACCGUCUUCGGUACUGUGCUAAACUACGUGGCUUGCCGACUGCUCGGCAUAGAUGCCGAGCAUACGAUGAUGGUACGAGCUCGCGCUACGCUACAUGCUCUCGGCGGUGCGACGGGGAUUCCUACUUGGGGCAAGGUUUGGCUAGCGCUUCUGGGUGUAUAUGAUUGGGAAGGAGUGAACCCAGUCCCGCCAGAGCUGUGGCUGCUGCCUGAAAUACUUCCGUUACAUCCCUGGAGAUGGUGGGUCCACAGUCGGCAGGUCUAUCUGCCGAUCAGUUAUCUGUGCGGAAAACGGCUCCAAGCCCAGUCCGAUCCCACCCUGGACUCUCUUAGGAAAGAGCUCUAUACGCAACCAUACGAGUCUAUCGAUUGGCCCCGAUGUCGGAACCUCAUUGCCAAGGAGGAUCUCUACAGUCCGCGCCAUCCAAUCGCCAAUGGCUUAUUCUGGAUCCUCGGGUAUUGGGAGAAGAUCUGCCCGAGCUCGAUCAGAAAUCUCGGACUGAACCGUGCCCAUGAGCUGUGCAAGAUGGAGGAUGAAAAUACGGAUUUCAACGACCUGGCUCCGGUCAAUAAGGUGUUGAAUCUGAUCGUAUGUUGGGACCGGUACGGGCCAGAGAGCGACGAGUUGCGCCGGCACCAACUGAAGCUAAAGAACUUCAUGUGGAUGAACAAGGACGGAAUGGGCAUGUCGGCGACCAACGGAUCUCAGCUCUGGGACCUUGGUUUCAUCACCCAGGCCCUCGUCGAGUCUGGACUGGCCAAGACAGAGGAGCCUUCCACCCAAGACUCAGUCAUCAGAGCCCUUCAGUGGAUCGACCGGUGCCAGAUCUUGGAGAAUCCCAAGCACUUCAAGUCAGGCUAUCGUCAUCAGAGCAAAGGGGCUUGGCCGUUCAGCACUAAAAGCCAGAGUUACACCGUCAGUGACUGCACGGCUGAGGCACUCAAAUCGGUCCUUUGUCUUCAGGAGGAGCUGAGCUAUACUCCAAAGCUCAUCUCUAAAGAACGGCUCUGCCUCGCUGUCGAUGUCAUCCUGAGCCUCCAAAAUCCCAACGGAGGGUUCGCUUCCUACGAGCUCAUCCGCGGCCCCAGCUGGCUCGAAUACUUGAGUCCAGCUGAGGUGUUCGGCAAGACGAUGAUUGAGGUCAAUUAUCCAGAAUGUACAACGGCUUGCUUGACAGCAAUGAGCUUGUUCAGUCAAUACUAUCCUGACUACCGUGCACCAGAAAUCAGUCGGGCGCGCCAAGCGGCAAUCAAGUUUAUUCAUUCAGCACAGCGCGACGAUGGCUCGUGGUAUGGUUCUUGGGGAGUAUGCUUCACCUACGCAACCAUGUUUGCACUCGAAUCCUUGUCACUGAAUAACGAAACUUACAAAAACAGCCUCUUAGUCAAGAAGGCCUGUCGGUUCUUGCUUGAUCGACAGAUGGAUGACGGUGGCUGGGGUGAAAGUUUCAAGUCGUGCGAACAAGGGGUCUAUAUCCACCACCAGACUUCGCAGGUCUUCCAGACCGCCUGGGCCGUCCUUGCUCUCCUCGCGGCCAAGUACCCUGAGCCUGAGCCCAUCCAACGAGCCUGUCGGCUGAUCAUCUCCCGCCAGACCGCCGACGGCCAGUGGCUCGAUGGGGCCAUCGAGGGCGUCUUCAACAAGACCACUUCGGUCACCUACCCGCACUACAAAUUCGCCUGGUCAAUCAGUGCGCUUGGUAAAGCGCACAAGCGUUUCCCUGACGUCCAAUGGUAA